AAUGAAAAAGGAAAAGUCGCAACAAUUAGCUGGUUUUGAUUACUUCCAACUUCCAAGAAGGCAAUAACCAAAAUUUUUCUCCCAUGGCCCUGCUAGUUAGCUGCCACGCAAAGUAGAAAACACAACCCUAUACACAAAAACAUAGUAAACAGAGCAUGUAACUCUUGUUUCCAUUGACACUCCCUAUUUGACACAAUCUAGAACUGCAUACUGACAAGAUGGUUUAUUUACCUUGCAUCAGGUUCCGGCACAUUCAGCACCAAGCAACAAGCCACAAGCGAACACACCAGCAUCGGAAUAGGAACGGUGGAAGCGAUGCGACGGCCUGAUCCGGCGACUGGCUUGCGCUUUGCGGCCGUCUCGCUGAUCCUGUGCACGGCCAACAUCUGUGCGGUGGCCAGACGGUCGUCGUACGCGCUCCUGCUCGACGACGAGGAGGACGGCGGCGGAGGCGGUGACGGCUCGGCGUCCUUCUCCUUCUUCCCGCAGACGCAGCCGCGCGGGCUGGUGUACGGGUUCUACGACGAGAGUUGCCCCGACGCCGAGGGGAUCGUGUCGUCCACCGUGCGGGAGCUCUACCUCGCCAACCCCAACGUCGCCGCCGCGCUCGUCCGCCUCUUCUUCCACGACUGCUUCAUCCACGGCUGCGACGCCUCGGUGCUCCUGGACCGCAUCAACGGCGACAAGUCGGAGAGGGAAGCGGCCCCGAACCAGUCGCUGAGAGGCUUCGGCGCCGUCGACAAGAUCAAGGCGAGGCUGGAGGCGGCGUGCCCGCGGACCGUCUCCUGCGCCGACAUCCUGGUCCUCGCCGCGCGGGACAGCCUCGUCCUAGCGGGCGGGCCGAGCUAUCCCGUGCUCACCGGACGCAGCGACAGCGCCAGGGCCUUCUACGACGAGGUGGGCGCGCGCAUCCCGUCGCCGAACGCCACCUACACCGUGACGCUCGAUGCGUUCGCCCGCCGCGGCUUCACCGAGCGCGAGACCGUCGCGCUCUUAGGAGCACAUAGCAUCGGGAAGGUGCAUUGCAGAUUCUUCAAGGACAGGAUCGACAACUUCGCCGGGACAGGCGAGCCUGACGACACCAUCGACGCCGACAUGGUCGAAGAGAUGCGCGCGGUGUGCGACGGCGACGGCGCCGCGCCGAUGGAGAUGGGGUACUACCGGCAGGGGAGGGAGGUGGGUUUCGGCGCGCACUACUACGCGAAGCUUCUCGGUGGACGGGGCAUCCUGCGGUCGGACCAGCAGCUCACGGCGGGGAGUACCGUGCGGUGGGUGCGCGUGUACGCGGCCGGGGAGCGCGGCGAGGAGGUGUUCCGCGAGGACUUCGCGCACGCAAUGGUUAAGCUUGCCGCGCUUGAGCCGCUCACCGGGUCGCCCGGCCACGUCCGGAUCCGCUGCUCCAAACCCGUGGAGUAGUUCAGACUUCAGAAGUUCAGAGCUUUGGCUGUAGGUACUACUCCAAGGUAGUACUGCUGGACUAGUGUUGACAUUCAACCUCGCUCUUGUUCAGAACAGCAGGACUACAGGACACCUGAUCAGUGAUCACUAAUAUUUUGUAUAGUACUCCAGUAUUUAUGCUGGCCUAGAAACACGACUUCCAAAAUACA